AUGCAAGAGAUAGACACAGCACCCCCACGGUGUACCUGUGCGUGCUCGUGUGGGGCACGCCCAGCGUUCGCGUUGGACGUGGUCACUUCAGCCACCAAUACUACUUCUCCUGCCAAACUUCCUUCUACUGUCGCAAUCUCGCCGACAUCGAAGUCAUCUGAAGUCAGUGCUAAACCUAAUGCACUCCCAUCUAUGCACAACCGUAAGAAUGCUAAAAUCACGCCAAGUCAGCUUACACUCGAGAACACUAACUUCGACAUAGAUAUACGCGAUGGUGACACGAUAGGCACAGAUGUACUCUCAGAAGCAACUGUGCUUGCUCAUACAAAUGGUACGGAACAAGAAAGCAUACACUCUCUACAGAACGUGGAUUUGGAUGGAGGUGGGGUAUCAUCAACAGUACACUAUACUACACACACUGAUAAGACUGAACCGCGUGAUGCCAGCCUCUCUCAUGUGUCGUCUGCGUACGAUAUGAACAAGUUAAUGUCGCCUAAUGCACUCAGACUGUUCUUUAUGGAUGAGUACUCGCCAUCCCCACGAGGUAAGAAGGUAGUCGCAGGCCCUACACCUCUGGCACCAUGGCAACGGUCUCAUACUGGGCCUGAUCUGAGUAUCAAAGACUCUCGUGUGACGGCCACACGAAAGAAGAUAGCGGCGACAUCAUCAAAUGGAGAUAGCACAGAUAUGGUUACCUCGGACAGUCUAUUAGAGGAGGAUACUGUACUGGGCGUGGGCAACGGUGAGAAACGCAAUAGUGUGACUGUGGGGGUACUAGACCGCAUCGUACACCGGGAAGAGGGCGAUGAGGUGACAUUCGGGCGAUUGGUAAAGCAGCAGAGCUUGCUGCGCCGGCGUGUGAACAGUCACAAUGGCUUACUUAACUUCCACGAGCUUAUGGGACUGUUUGGCGUGCCCACUACGCCCCACAGUAUGAAGCUGGCUCAGGAGGUGGAGGUGCCUGACGAUCCCGAUGUGUUCCACACCGCCAACUGUGAUAUUCUGGAUUUGUUGCUGAACUUUGGUCGAGAGGUAUCGGAUUUGCGUACGCUGAGACACGAGCAUGAGGUGUUCCCUAUGAGCAUCUCCUUUACCGUGGCGUAUAGGGAUAUCUGGUGAUACGGUUGUCUGUGGUUGUGUACAGACUGUGCAAGGACGCCUGAUGAAUGCGUCGGACGUGCGGGGGGCCGGCCCUGUUUACCUACCCCACCCUGACAAGACUCUGAAUAAUCAAGAAGGCUUCGUAGUGUGUAGCUGGCUUUGUUUUUGCCAGUUGGCGAACUUGCGAUUCCGGAACUUAAGUAAAGCUGGCGUGGCUUCAGUAUGAAGGUAUGGUAUCAACUGAUGACUAUUCGAACCUGCGGCUGAGUUAUCGGAGUGUAUUCC